AUGCCGCGAUUACUAGAAAGCGAAAUUACAAAGUAUUUAGAAACUCUUGAAGAUUCAGAAGAGGGCUUAGACGGGUCAGACUCCGAAGUAGAGGAUGAAGGUCACUAUUAUCAAACAGCUCGAGAUGUUCUUCGAGACCUUGAAAAUAGUGAUGAAGGUGAGAAUGCCCAGUCUGAUAAAGUGGAUGCUGAUCCUCCUCUUGUCAUCGACAACGAUGAAAAUAUGCCAGACCCUCCUAUUUUGGAAGCCGAAAAAGCAGCACCCCAGAGUAGAUCACAAGGGAUUUCUAAACGACCUCUGGUUUGGCGAAAACGGAAUCUUGUUACUGCUGAAGACAGCCUUAUUUUUAGGGGAGAAACUCAGAUACCGGAAGCAUUGAUGUCUUGUAACACGCCUCUACAAGGAUAUGCUCAUAGAUUUGAGGUUUACAGUGGAGGGGGCUCCAAAAAUAACAUCUUACCUGGUGAGCCAGAUUUGGGAGAGUCUGGCAAUACAGUCGUCAGGUUAGCUAGAAUGGUACCACGCAAUGUGAAUCACAUUAUUUACUUCGAUAACUUCUAUACUUCUGUGCCUCUCGUCACCUAUUUAGCUAAGGAAGGAAUUUUCUCCCUGGGAACAGUAAGAGUAAACCGAUUGAGAAACUGCAAAUUGCCUGAAAAAAACACUAUAAUGAAAAAGAACGUACCCAGAGGAUUCUAUGAGGAAAACGUGGCGACUGUGGAUGAUAUUGACGUAAGUGCUGUUGUGUGGAAAGAUAACAAGCCCGUUAACCUUCUUUCCACUUACGUAGGAGCAGAACCAGCAACCACAGUCACACGCUUUGAUAAAUCGAAGAAAGAGAGAGUUGCUAUUCCAUGCCCCAAAGUAAUCAAGGAGUACAAUGCCCACAUGGGAGGCGUGGACUUAUUAGACUCAUUUAUAGGUCGUUAUCACAUCACAAUGAAGAGCCGCAAUGGUACAGUAGUACCACCCGUGUCGUCACUACUGGCAGUGGAUCGCUGUCCAGAACAUCCCAACAGCGAGGUGCCACGAGCGGCGCCAAGGCAGUUGAGGAGCCGGGUGUCUAAGACCCGGAGGAGCGACGGACGGGAAGUGGCAAGCAGCAGCGGUGGAGGUUGCGGAGCGCUAGAGGGCGCCACAGCUGUGGUGCAAGCUGAGUCGAAAGACGGUACUUAUUUCCCAGUUAGGGUCUUAUUAGAUCAGGGGUCGCAAGGUUCUUUUAUUACCGAGGCUAUGGUGCAGCACUUAGGUUUAAAAAGGCUUGCGGUCAAAAAUACCGUAGUUGGUGUAGGUGGAGAUAAAAGUGUGACUUCCAAGUCCACAGUAAAAAUUAAUUUAAGGUCAAGAGUUGAUCCUAGGUUCCAAGUUAAGGUUAAUGCACAUGUCUUGAAGUCGGUUACGUCUCUUCUCCCAGUUGCGAAGACAACUAGGGUAGAAUGGGACAACCUGACUCUGGAUGAUCUGGCUGACCCUGAGUAUCAUACGCCUAACAAGAUUGAUCUCUUAUUAGGUGCGGAGAUAUACAGUCAAAUCAUUCAGGAAGGCAUUAAAAGAAACCUCAACGGAUCUCUAUUGGCGCAGGAUACUGCUUUCGGUUGGAUAAUAUCUGGUGUCUGUGAGGUAGAUAGCACGUCAAAUAUCCAUUCUCACACAAUUGUGAUGCAUUCUUAUCUGGAAGUGGACAAUAUGCUAAAGCGGUUUUGGGAACUCGAAGCUGAACCACCUGUAACAAAAAGAAUGCUCACAGAUGAUGAAAUUAAAUGUGAGAAAUUGUUUAAGGAGACUACGAAACGGGAUGGAGACGGUCGGUUCAUCGUAAGACUGCCGUUUCGUAUGGCCAACCCGGACUGCAUGCGUGGUGAGUUCAGGAAAAUAGCUGAAAAAAGAUUGAGAAAUUUAGAAUUUAAAUUGCAAAAGAACAAUAAAUUAAAAGAGGAUUACACACAAGUUAUAAGGGAGUAUUUAAACUUAAAUCAUAUGGUAAAAGUUACUGAUAAGGAUAAAUUUAAGAAAACAGCUAUUUACUUACCACACCACGCAGUAGUCCGGGAAGAUAAGGAUACUACUAAAGUCCGAGUAGUGUUUGAUGCCUCCUGUAAGGGAAGCAAUGGGAAGUCAUUAAAUGAUGAUUUAUUGAUUGGGCCGCCACUGCAAGCCGAACUACGUCAUACAAUUAUGCGCUGGAGACAAUAUAAAAUAUGUUUGGUGGCGGAUGUGGUGAAAAUGUACCGCCAAGUGCUGGUAAAUCGGGAAGAUACCCCAUUUCAGAGGAUUCUUUGGAGAGACAGUCCUGAAAAGGAGCUUCAAGAGUUUGAAUUACUUACCGUAACCUUUGGCACAGCAUGUGCUCCAUAUUUAGCUGUGCGGUCAAUGCAAGAAUUAGCCUAUAAGGAGUGUCAGAAUAAGCCUGUAAUUGCUAAAAUUAUUUUGAAUGAUUUUUACAUGGAUGAUGUGAUGACCGGGGCGGAUAACCUAGAAGAUGCUUAUAAAAUAUAUAAAGAGUUAACCGAAGUGUUAGCGAAAGGAGGGUUUCCGUUGCAAAAAUGGAAAAGCAAUUCUAAGGAAAUAUUAGCUAAAAUAUGGAAAGCAAAGGGUAAUACAGAUGAGGAAUUAAGGAUUAAGGUAGAUGAUACAACUAAGAUUUUAGGACUUACCUGGGAUCCGCGUGGUGACUUCUUCCGGUACUCUGUAGAUCUUGCACCGCAAGAAGAACCUGUAACAAAAAGGAGAAUUAUAUCUGAUAUAUCCCGAUUAUUUGACCCACUCGGAUGGUUAGCUCCUUGCAUUAUAGCAGCAAAAAUACUCAUACAAAAGCUUUGGUUAGCUGGUAUUGGGUGGGAUGAGCAAGUUCCUACUAAUUUAAUAAAUGAAUGGAUUACUUACCGUAAAAAUUUAACUGCCUUACAGAAUAUUAAAAUUCCACGCUGGAUACACACUAGUAAUAAAUAUCAGCGCGAGUUGUACGGAUUUUCCGACGCUUCGAAGGUGGCUUAUGCGGCUGUCGUGUAUCUACGAGUGGUAGAUGAUGUGGGAAAUGUCUACGUCUCAUUAGUUACAGCUAAAACAAAGGUAGCUCCCAUAAAGCAAGUGUCUAUCCCUAGACUGGAGCUUUGUGGGGCUGUACUUUUGGCGAAGUUGAUGGUUGAGGUAGCUGAAGUUAUGAAAGUUGAAAGGAGUCAGUUACAUGCAUUCACUGACAGUGAGGUGGUUUUAGCCUGGCUUAACAAUCACCCAAGCCGGUGGAAGACGUUCGUCGCUAACCGAGUUUCGGAAAUCCUACAGAUUUUGGAUACACAUCACUGGUCCCAUGUAGCCACUAAGAAGAAUCCGGCGGAUUUAGCAUCACGAGGUAUUUCUCCGGUGGAACUAUCAGAAAUGGUUAUAUGGUUUGAAGGGCCAGAGUUUCUAAAAAAUAAGGUAAUUAUUUGUACAAAACCAAAAGACCUGGUUACAAAUCUUGAGCAGGUUAAAGUUCAUACAGCGGUCGUUAACACAGAAUUGUGGGAAAGGUUUUCUUCAUUUUCGAAGCUUGUUCGUGUGGUUGCUUAUUGUCGACGUUGGUUACGGAUAAAGAAAGGUUUAAGUAGUAGGCCAAGUUCAGAAGCAUUGGAGCGACAGGAAAUUGAGGAUUCGAUAACGGUCUGUAUUAAAAAAUGUCAAGAAGAAGGAUUCCGGGAAGAGUUGGAAGAAUUGCAAAAACACGGCAUAAUAGAUAAGAAAAAGAAAAAGUUAAGGACAUUAAAUAUAUUUUUAGAUUCGGAAGGUGUAAUUAGAGUAGGUGGUCGGCUGGAAAUGUCUUCGCUGUCAUUUAACGGGAAACAUCCGAUUCUCAUACCUAAAGAAUCUUUCUUAAGCGGACUCUUAAUUGCUGAUGCUCACCAAAAAACCCUGCACGGAGGUCCGUCUACAUCUCAACUCAUGGGGCAGUUACCUUCCGCGCGUGUGACACCGAAUAAGCCCUUUCUUGUCAGCGGAGUCGAUUACGCAGGACCUAUUAAUAUAAGAAUUUCAAAAGGUAGGGGUAACAAGUCUUACAAGGGAUAUAUUGCUCUGUUCAUUUGCAUGUCGACCAGAGCUGUACAUCUUGAAGUUGUGAGCGAGCUUUCUACCCUAGGAUUUAUAGCCGCUUUUAAAAGGUUCGUCGCAAGACGAGGUAGGUGUGCUGAAUUAUACAGCGACAACGGUUCCAAUUUUGUGGGCGCUGCUCGAGAGUUACUGUGUCUGUUCAGCGAAGAAAAAACAAAAUUUAAACCUGAACUGGCACAGUAUCUCGCGACCAAUGGAACACAGUGGAAUUUUAUUCCUCCUCGCGCUCCGAAUUUCGGUGGACUAUGGGAGGCAGGAAUAAAGUCCACCAAGUUCCACCUCAAACGAGUGGUUGGAAACUCUACGUUGACGUAUGAGGAGAUGGCUACCGUAUUAGCACAAAUAGAGGCAUGUCUUAAUUCGAGGCCAUUGUCUCGUGUAGAGGAUCCAACCGAGGCCGUCGUUUUGACUCCUGGUCAUUUCUUGGUGGGGGAACCACUCGUAGUAGUUCCGGAAGUAAAUUAUGAGUCGGCAAAUAUGUUUACCUUGCGAAGAUGGCAACUCCACCAACGAAUGAUGCAGGAUUUUUGGCGUCGAUGGUCCCAGGAUUACCUUCAUCAGUUCCUUCAAAGGCAUAAAUGGGAAUAUCAGAACCCAGAACCAUCAGUGGGGGAUGUAGUUUUAGUCAAGGAGGACGAUCUGCCCCCGGCGCGAUGGUUGCUAGGCAAGGUCGAACAAAAACAUCCGGGACCCGAUAAAAUCACGCGAGUCGUCACCAUACUUAUAAAUUCAUGGGUUAUGUUCAAGAAGGUAAAUAAUAUGAAAGGAAAUGAUCAACUUCUCAAUUUGGGUACAUUCAGGCUAGAACUUGCUGAAACCCUCUGCAAAUUGGGUCUACCUGCAAAUGGCGCUAAACGUGGUCGACCUAGUGGGAGCACAAUACAAAGAGAACUUGUAAUGAAGAAGUUCCGUGGACCAGCUCAAGCAAUUCCUUUGAAAGACCAUGUUUUAGCUAAAAGAAGGGAACUGCAAGAACAGCUAAAAAUUGAAAAAGAAAAAGGGAACUCCGUCUCUAUUAAGUAUGACAAACUGAUAAUACACUCGAAAAAUAAUACAACAAUAAGCAACAAAAAAAGAACUCUACCAACAUCACCAAACGACAAAGAUCUACCUCAUUCAGAGCCAAAACCACAAGCUCAUAAAAAGAACAAAACUCAAACUCAACCAGAUUUACAAAGAUCAUCGAGACUAUCAGAGGGAGUUAUUAAGCCAGGAAUACUCUGA